AUGGCAGAUCCCCUCUCCGUCUCCGCCAGCAUUGCUGGUCUGAUAACAGUUACCGAUGCCGUCUUAAGUCGGACUUCCAAGUACGUGAAAGCCGUCCAAAGCGCUCCAAACGAGGUGUCAUCCUUGACAUUGGCAUUGGGCGCCCUGUCUGGGAUUUUGCAUAAUCUUCGUCUUGUUGCGUCUCAAUUGGAGGGGGAGCCAUUCGACACAGCCAUUCAAGUCAAUCAUACAUAUUCUUGCAUUGAGACGAUGGAGAAGGUCGAGUAUUUCUUCUACUACGACUACAAAACCCCUACAACGCAGGAUCUUCGGAACAUUCUUGGUUCUCUCGCGUGUCAACUUGCUGUACAGGAUGAUCAAAGCUUUGGGAAGCUUCAGGCUUUCUAUGCGAAGCACAACCGCCCAGAUCGGCCAUCUGUUGGCUUCGACCUGAGAGUGUUACAUGAUUUACUUGUUGAGAUGGCCUCGAGCUUCGAUGACGCAAUGGUUGUCGUGGACGCUCUGGACGAAUGUCGGACCCAGACUACUUGUAUCACAAGCCUACUCUCCGGCUUGAACGAUAGCGGUGAGGCGGGCAACACCAAAACUCUUUUCCUGAGCAGGAGUGAGCGGGAAAUUUGCGAAGUCCUAGAGAAUUAUGACCAGGUGUCCGUUGCUGCAAUUGAAUGCAGAACACGCAAUAAAGAACUCCGCAUCAAAGAUCAAUCCCUGAAGCAAAACAUCAUGGAACGGCUUGUGGAAGGUGCAGAUGGCAUUGUAAUAAAGUCUGCCUGA